CUAAUAUUAUAAAUAAUACAUAGUUUUAUUGAUACAAAAGCCAUGCAUCGGGUGUCGGGACCGCAAAUACUGGUCACUCUGGCCUCCGAAGAGAGACACGACUCUAACUUCAAACUCAAACUAAUCAAAGUGUUUGAUUGGAUUUUUAUAUUGGCGACAAUAGGCCUGAUCUGGAUGUCAGCCCUGAGCCGGACGUGUCGUCCAAAGGCAGUGUUGAUAGGAUUGGUGUCAACAGUGGUUGUGUUGACUCUGUUUGUCAUCAUUUAUAAGAUCGGAAACUCGAGAUUC